UCUUGUUUAGAGAAAAAAAAUAUUAUUUAAUCCUCAGUCAUACAGUGUCAGCAUGCUACAAAAGCUGAGGACGGUGACGGAGAUACAGCUUGGAGUUUCUCUUCAGAAGAUAGAAAUUGACCCAGUACUUCAACUCAAGUCAGCAAGAAAGUUUUGGGGAAAACAAAAAUUUACUUCAGUAGAUAUGGAAAAUGUGGCUGCUUGUGGCCUAAAUGAAGUGAAGAACAAUGGAAAAUCUGUGUUCAGAAUAGUUUACUUCAGUCAAAAUGCACAUGAGUUUAAACACUACGACUUUGAAACUGAUGCUGAUGAUGCAGGAGAAAUCGUGGAACAGGUCAAUCACAUUAUCAAGUCCAACAUGAGUGGGAAAAGAUAAGAAUACUUGUCUUCGAAAGAAAGAAAAUCUGACAAAAGAAGAUCUUUAAGAUCAUAACCAUUGUAACAAGAACUACUGAAGCUUACUCACACUAUUAAAUGAUUGAUUAAUAAAAAUUAUACUGUAUUUCCUCAAA